AUGGCGGAAUUCGAGGAAUCACUCGAAGAACUCAAGGCGAAGCAGAAUCUGUAUGAGGAACAGCUGCAACAGGUGGAGGAUGCAUUGAAACAGGAAGAAACCGAAGACUUGAAACGCCUGCAGGCGGACCUGAAAGAAGUCAUACAGCUGACGAGACACCUCGUAGAGUACAAGCAGCAGCAAGAGCAGCAGCUAACCGACCCUUCAGUAGAAGCAGCAGCUGCUGCAGCCGCAGCAGCUGUGGCAGCGGCGGCAGCAGCGGCGCCUCAAGAGUCGUCGACCGCAGAUAAACAACCUUCUCCAGCAGUAGCAGCUCCCCGUGAGCAGCAACAGGCUGCUGCUUCUCGCACUGAAGCCGCAGCCACCCCAGCGACAGCUGCGGUUGCACAUGAACAGCAUUCAUCAGGGGGUCCCCUAGUAGGCAGGACUUGCUCUGCUGAAUACGAGGGAAAGCGGUACUACGCCUCAAUAGUUGAGGUGAAGCGGGACCCCAAGGAAGGAGAGAGAGUGGUGGUUGAUUUCAUUGGCUGGGGAAACAGAGAGGAAUACCCACUGCAACAAGUGGUGUUGCUGCCGCAGGCGUCCGCAACAGACUUUCCAGUUGGCACAUCCGCCCAGGCAAUUUACUCUGGGGAUGGGUGA